AUGAAUUUCCUAGCAAUUUCUGCUAUUAGAAGGGAGUUUUGCAUCUCAUACAAAAGAUUUGAUUCUAAAAAUAUUAAAAGGCUUAAAUUAAAGAAAGGCGAAAGACCAAAAUUUUUAAAUUCCUUCUGGAAAUUAUUUGUUUCUACACCAAUGGUCCAUGAUUUAAUUUCAAAUUAUACUGAAAAGAGUGAUGAAAAGCAAGCUAAUAAUCUAUUUAUUGAUAGUGGGGCAUUAUUAUUCCAUGAUGCAUUUAAAUCUAUUCAUUUCCAAUCCAUUAAAGAAAUCAAAAAUGAUGAAUUGUAUCAGAAUUUUGCUGAAUUAGAACUAUUUAUUGAUUAUUCAUUAGACAAAAUGGAAGAAGAUGAAGCAGUGGAUAACUUAAACAGUUUAUUAUGGACUUUUCGCAUCCUACAUGAUGAAAACUCUUCUGAUGCAAUAUCCAAGUUUAAAACUUUCGAUUUGGGAAAAGAUAUACAAAACGCCAUGAAUAAUUUCAUUGUUAUACCAAUGAUCCAUUUCAUUGGAAGUCUUUUAUUUUCAAUUAAUGAUAAAUCUAAAUAUUGGAUUGACUUUCGAAGCUCAAGCUUGAUCAAGAAAACACGUCCAAGUGAGUUUUGGAAAUCCAUUUCUGAUGAUGAUGAUAAUCGAUAUCCACCCACUCUAAGAGAUGAAGAAAUGUUUCAUUCACAUUUGGCAGAUUCUUUAAUUACACUUGACUCUAAAGAUCGUUUAACAUUUAUUUGUGGAAUAGAUUUAGAAGGUCCUAAAUUAAUUUCAGAGGCUUUAAAAAAUCACAAGACUAAUAAUUUUGCAGAAUUAUCCAAGACAUUCCGUAAAAUUGGUCCAUUUCAAACUUUUAAUAAAUUGGGUAGUUAUAUAAUUAGUGAUUUCAAUAGAACCUUAUAUUUUGAAUACCCAUUGAAUAAUGGUAAAUGGUGGAGUGAUAAUGAAGAUGAUGUUUCUGUUAUUGAUGCACCAGUGAGAUAUAAAUUAAUUGAUAAUAGUGGAUCUAUACAAGCUGACUUUUUAACAUUACAAUCUUUGUUAUUUUUGAAAAUCUAUGAUACCAUUAGAAGAGAAUUACCUAAAGAUUCAUGGUUAAAGGAUUCCAAUGGUAAUGAUGUAUUAACUACAGGAGCAUAUAGAUUAUUGGAUGAAGGAUGGAAUCAAGAUCUUUUUAACCCAUUUGUUUUAUCACAGUUUAAACAUGGAUUUAAAAAAAAUGUUGGAGUGGAGAAAAUGGGUAAUAUACCAAGAGAUGAAACCAAAACUUCCAAAAAAUCUCCAACAAAUGAUCAUAGAAAGACGAGGUCUUCAAAAAGGUUGAAACUCAAAAGUGAAUUAGAAGGUACUACUAAUGGAAAUGAUGAAAAUUUUGAUUCAACAAAAUUAUUCCCAAUAAAUACCAAUUUAAAAGUGUCAAAUUAUAAGUUAUUGGAAGAAUACACAUUUUACAAAGGUGUAAAACUUAAAAUCAAUGGUACUGAUAUAUUCAAACCAAAUACAAACAUUUCGAAUAAAGUAUUUUUCAAAAUGUUUGAUUUAUCCAAUUUAAAAUAUCUUCAUAGGUAUGCAAUCAUUAAUGGUAUGCCAUAUACUGAAGAAGAUGCUAAAGAAUUCAAUCAAUCAGAAAUUAAUAUAUUAGCUUCAUUAGAAUAUGGUUAUAAAGAUUUUAAAUAUGUUUUAAAAGAUAUUAAAGAAAGUUAUUUGAAGGAAAUCACAGCUUUGAAGAAAAUCAAUCAAUGGAAUUUAACACAUGAAGAAAAAGAUCAGAUUAAUUCACCUAAGUUAUUACAAUAUGGAUGGACAUAUCUUGAACUGUUUUCAGAAGGACAACCAAAAUAUUGUUAUUGGGGGCCAUUUAUCUGUACAGAAUUUCUUGAAUUUAUGAAUGAUAAUGAAAAAGAUACCCCUAAACGGAUUGAGAACUUUAAUAAACAACUUAAACUUCUUUCAAGAGCUAGGAUUAAACAUAAUGAUAUUAAAAAAGAUAAUUUUUGCUUCAAUGAGAAUGAUGAAGCAUAUUUAGUUGAUUAUGGACGAAGUAUUAUUAAAGAUAAUGGAUAUCUUGAGAAUUAUGAUUGUUUUAAAAUUGAUCCAAAUGAGAAGUUAUGUCAUAGUUUAUAG